GACACCAAGUGCUGUAGGAAGUCUGGUGCUCGUGGUUGGUUGACGGACCCUGUCAGAUUUCAGUUUCUUUCGCUUGCCAUCAAUUUCAUCUUUUCUUCAGACAGCCCAGGAGCUCCCAGCCAGCCAGGCCUCUCCCUUUGCCAUCUGUUCAGGCACAGCAGGGCCUCCCCACCCCAGGAUGGCACAGGAUGUGACCUACACUGACCUGCAGUUCGUGAAGACCCCUCCGGAGAGGAGCCAGGAGAAAGGCACAUGGAACCAAGUGGAGCAGCUCCGGAUGCCCCCCUCCAUGACUCACCCCUUGGCUCCUCUUCCAGACCCCGGAGAGGGAGAGCUGACCUAUGAGAAUGUCCAGGGCCCCCCUUGCCAGGAAGAGAGGACUCCCACUGCCACAGAGGGCACAGAAGAGUCGGACCGUCGGACUUGGUACGCCAUCUUGGCAUUGUUGGCCGCCUGCCUCUUCCUUCUCACCGCCGCCAUAGGACUGGGGGUCCGAUACUGGCAGGUCUCACGGCAGCUGCAGCAGGCGACUGAAGAUGGCAGUGCCCUGGAACGGAGAAUGGGCUCCCAGGAGGGCAGCCUGGCCCAGACCCAGGCCCAGCUGGAAGAGGCCCAGGAGGAGCUCCACUCCACCAACAGGACCCUCUGGAACUGCCUGGCUGCUGGGAACAGGACGCAGGAGCAGCUGAGGCAAGCCAACCAGAGCCUGACGCUCACGCAGAAGGAGAAGGAGAAGCUGCAGCAGCAGCUGGACCAGACCAUGAAGAGUUUGGAGGAAGCCAAAUCUUGCCAAAAGAUUGGCUGCUGUCCCCAUGGAUGGAAUCUCUUCAGGUGGAAAUGCCUGUGGAUUUCAUCUUCAUGGGAAAAGAAGAGUUGGGAGGAAAGCCAGGAAGCCUGCAAGAGGAAAUCAUCUCAGCUGCUUGUUUUGAAGCCCUGGAGUGCAAAAGAACUAUGGGAUGCCACAUUCAUUGAUAAGAGUGAUCAAUACUGGAUUGGACUUAAAACAAGCUGGGGCUCCCUGAAAAGCUCUUGGAAAUGGAUUGAUGGUAGGGGCUUUGAAGAGUAAGUGG